CUAGCAGCAGCAGCCCGGAGCAGGCUAGCCGCGCGGAGCUAGCGUGCUACCAAACAGUGCAGUUUAUUUUCGGGACGGCACGAUGAACAACAUGAUGAAGUAUGACAGACUCGCUCCGAUAGAGCACUCUGACACCGCCACCGGUAGUUAGGAGGGGUUUCUCUUCGCAGGGAGCGGGGCUGCCCCGCCGCCGUUGUUCGGAUGGACUAACGUCGGAGCUAGCACCGCGGUGUGAGACGUCCCGAGCGGGCACGGAUGGGAUUUCCUCAGCUAGCCGCGGCUAAUGGUCGUGCAGGCUAACUAGCUCCGCGGCUAACCGGGUCGGCUAUCUGACACAGUUGGCUGCUAUCGCUCAUCUGGUAAUUACCAGGCUCUGAAUCUGAAUAGAGCGGAUUUGCUGGCUCAACCAUGCCUCCCAGACCCUCAUCAGGAGAACUAUGGGGGAUGCACUUGAUGCCCCCCAGCAUCCUAGUGGACUGCCUUCUGCCAAAUGGCAUGAUUCUCACGUUGGAGUGCCUCCGGGAGGCCACACUCAUCACAGUUAAGCAUGAGCUUUUCAAAGAGGCCAGGAAGUACCCUCUCUACCAUCUGCUGCAGGAGGAGAGCUCCUACAUCUUUGUCAGCGUCACUCAAGAGGCAGAGCGGGAGGAGUUUUACGAUGAGACCAGGAGGUUGUGCGAUCUCAGGCUUUUCCAGGCCUUCCUCAAAGUCAUCGAGCCAGUGGGCAACAGAGAAGAGAAGAUUCUCAACAGAGAGAUCGGUUUUGCCAUUGGAAUGCCCAUAUGUGAGUUUGAGCUGGUGAAAGAUCCAGAAGUGCAGGAUUUCAGAAGGAACAUCUUAAAUGUUUGCAAAGAAGCGGUGGACCUCCGAGACAGUAACGGGCCCCACAGCAGAGCUUUAUACGUCUACCCUCCCAACGUGGAAUCGUCAGCAGAGCUCCCCAGGCACAUCUAUAACAAGCUCGACAAAGGUCAAAUCAUCGUGGUCAUUUGGGUCAUUGUCUCACCCAGCAAUGACAAACAGAAGUACACCCUGAAGAUCAAUCACGAUUAUGUGCCAGAGCAGGUGAUCGCCGAAGCCAUCCGGAAAAAGACGCGCAGCAUGCUGCUCUCCCAGGAGCAGUUAAAGAUGUGUGUGCAAGAAUAUCAGGGAAAGUACAUCCUCAAAGUCUGCGGCUGUGAUGAAUACUUACUGGAGAAAUACCCUCUGAGUCAGUACAAGUAUGUGCGCAGCUGUAUCAUGCUGGGAAGGAUGCCCAACUUGAUGCUGAUGGCAAAAGACAGUUUAUAUUCCCAACUGCCCAUGGACAACUUCACUAUGCCGUCUUAUGCGAGGCGAAUAUCCACUGCGACGCCCUACAUGAACGGGGAAACCGCCACCAAGUGUCUGUGGACUAUCAAUGGAACGCUGCGAAUCAAAAUACUGUGCGCCACUUACGUCAAUGUUAACAUCCGAGACAUCGACAAGAUUUACGUCAGGACCGGGAUCUAUCACGGUGGAGAGCAGUUGUGCGACAACGUCAACACCCAGCGCGUGCCAUGUUCGAACCCCAGGUGGAACGAGUGGCUGAACUACGACAUGUACAUUCCAGAAAUUCCCCGGGCUGCCCGGCUCUGCCUCUCCAUCUGCUCUGUCAAAGGAAGGAAGGGAGCUAAGGAGGAGCACUGUCCCCUCGCCUGGGGCAACAUCAACCUGUUUGACUACACCCACACGCUCGUCGCAGGGAAGAUGGCUCUCAACCUGUGGCCCGUCCCACAUGGCCUGGAGGACCUGCUCAACCCCAUCGGCGUCACCGGCUCAAACCCCAACAAGGAAACCCCCUGCCUGGAGCUGGAGUUCGAUCAUUUCAGUUGUCCCGUCAAGUUCCCGGACAUGACCACCAUCGAGGACCACGCCAACUGGAACAUCUCCAGAGAGCUUGGCUUUAACUACUGCCACACCGGUUUAAGUAACAGACUGGCACGAGACAAUCCCCUGACCGACACUGACAAUGAUCAGCUCCGGCAAGUGUGUAACAGAGAUCCGCUGUCUGAAAUCACUGAGCAGGAGAAGGACUUCCUGUGGCGGCACAGGCAUGACUGCACCAACAUGCCAGAGAUCCUUCCCAAGAUCCUCCUGGCCGUGAAAUGGAACUCCAGAGAUGAGGUUGCACAGAUGUAUUGCCUUCUGAAGGACUGGCCCGCUAUCAAGCCAGAACAAGCCAUGGAGUUGCUGGAUUGCAACUUCCCCGAUCCCAUGAUCAGAGAUUUUGCCGUAAAGUGCCUUGAGAAAUAUCUGACUGAUGACAAACUCUCACAGUACCUUAUUCAACUGGUUCAGGUUUUGAAAUACGAGCAGUACCUCGAUAACCCUCUCGCACGCUUCCUGCUGAAAAAGGCACUAACCAAUCAGAGGAUAGGACAUUUCUUCUUCUGGCAUUUAAAGUCAGAGAUGCACAACAAGACGGUGAGUCAGCGCUUCGGCCUGCUGCUGGAGUCCUACUGCCGGGCCUGCGGCAUGUAUCUGAAGCACCUGAGCAGGCAGGUGGAGGCCAUGGAGAAGCUCAUCAAUCUGACCGACCUCCUCAAACAGGAGAAGAAAGACGAGGCGCAGAAGGUUCAGAUGAAGUUCCUGGUGGAGCAGAUGAGAAGGCCCGACUACAUGGACGCCCUGCAAAGCUUCACCUCCCCUCUGAAUCCAGCGCAUCAGCUGGGAAACCUCCGCCUGGAGGAAUGCAGGAUGAUGUCUUCAGCAAAACGACCUCUGUGGCUCAACUGGGAGAAUCCGGACAUGAUGUCGGAGCUGCUCUUUCAGAACAACGAAAUCAUCUUCAAGAAUGGAGAUGAUCUGAGGCAGGACAUGCUGACGCUGCAGAUCAUUAGGAUAAUGGAGAACAUCUGGCAGAACCAGGGCCUUGAUCUCAGGAUGCUGCCGUACGGCUGUCUGUCCAUCGGCGACUGCGUGGGCUUGAUCGAGGUGGUGAGGAACUCACACACCAUCAUGCAAAUCCAGUGUAAAGGAGGCCUGAAGGGGGCGCUGCAGUUCAACAGCCACACGCUGCACCAGUGGCUCAAAGACAAGAACAAGGGAGAAAUGUACGACCAGGCCAUCGAUCUGUUCACGCGCUCGUGCGCCGGCUACUGCGUCGCCACCUUCAUCCUGGGCAUCGGCGACAGGCACAACAGCAACAUCAUGGUGAAGGAUGACGGGCAGCUGUUCCACAUCGACUUCGGCCAUUUCCUCGACCACAAGAAGAAGAAGUUUGGAUACAAGAGGGAACGCGUUCCCUUUGUUCUCACGCAGGACUUCCUGAUUGUCAUCAGCAAAGGAACGCAAGAGUGCACCAAAACCAGGGAGUUUGAAAGGUUCCAGGAGAUGUGCUACAAGGCGUACCUGGCGAUCCGGCAGCACGCCAACCUCUUCAUCAACCUGUUCUCCAUGAUGCUGGGCUCCGGGAUGCCCGAGCUGCAGUCCUUCGACGACAUCGCCUACAUCAGGAAGACGCUGGCCCUGGACAAGUCGGAGCAGGAGGCUCUGGACUACUUCAUGAAGCAGAUGAACGACGCCCACCACGGCGGCUGGACCACCAAGAUGGACUGGAUCUUCCACACCAUUCGCCAGCAGGCCAUGAAGUGAGACGCUCGGAGCCGGGGCGGCAGCGGCAGCACGUUUCCCUCAAACACUACGGGCCCGGCCGACGCUUCUGUUGGUGCAACACAAAAAGAGGAGGACGCUCCGACGAGCCGAGUUCAGGGACAAAACGCCUAAAUGCUCCCGUUACUGCGAGCGUCUGAAUUUGUCUCCCUACAUUAUUAUGAACUGUAGAAGGAAGGGUGGAGUUCUAUUUCAUCUGUCUUCUUUAUAGGAACCCAACCAGUUUAAAGGACCUCAGCUUCAGCCUUUAUGUGAACAUUUGAAUUUUUCCUAGUUUUUUUUUUUUUUUUCCCCCCCAAUCCAUCGACAACCAUCAGCAUUAGCAGAGGAACAUUUUUGAAGUGGUAAACUACGAGCACAGCCAGCUUUCUCCUGAAAUUGUGUUAACUGAGUUGUUUGUACUACCUAAUAUGAACUGAUGAAGGUGAGGAGGGGAGGGGGUAAAGGGUGGGGGUGAACAGACACUGAGCAGGCUGGCAAUCAGAGAAGUUGUCACGGAAGAUUGUUGGAAACACUUUUAACGAGCAUUUAAGACCCUUCGGAGCAGCUGAAACCUUGACCUCCUCGUAGCCUACAGACGAUACGUCCUCCUGUUGUCAGACCGCCGACUCUUGUACAGCAGUAUAUCCAGAUACUUGUAUGCAUUCGGUGCACAUAUUCCUUUUUCAAGUCUAUUUUCUACUGAGCCAAAGUACUAGAUGUAUAACCCCACUACUCCGCAGUCUUAUUGUAAAAAAAACAAAACAAAAGAAAGACAUUAAUAUUCUCCGUCUUGUGUCCUCAGAGCACUGAUAUCUGCAGUAUUUGUUUUUGUUUCGUUUCGUAUGACAGUAUUAUCGCGUGUUCGGCGUUCGUCCUCCACCCGACGCAGACCGAUGGGUGAGAACCUCGCGCUCGCUCGCACGUCCUGGGGACAGAACCGGGAUGUGGUGCUGGUUUGGCGGGUUGUUACACUAUGCAAGGCGUGAUCCUGACAUGGACUGUACACUGGAGGAGAAAUCGGCGAGGCGCAGGACGCUGCAGUGUAACCGAAUCAUCGAGUUCUUCCUGGAGAAAGGCCGCGUGAGGAGACGCCUCUAACCCAGCCGUUUACUCCUCGCCGCGUCGCAAACCCAGUUCGGAGCUUCAUACCAAGCCGUGUGUCUCAAAAGAAAGUCGUCGUCUUUUCUGUCCCCAUAAAGUCUCUCCUCAUUCUCUCCCAAUCAAAUCAUCCAGGCUAAAAACGGCAACUUUAAGUGAUUUUUUUUUUUUUUCCCAAAGCCUUUUGAGUGUCUUCUUCCCUGCGACGGCCGCCAUCGCAGGAGUCCAGCGAGUGUUUCUAGCUUUACUAAUCGACGUGUUUAACGGGGGGGGCGGUCGCUUCUCUGGACGCUUCGAGUCUCGCCUGGGGCUCGAACCUGCUCAGGAACGCCGUCCCGUCGAGAUGCGUGUGCUUCUGUACAGGAUACAGAGCAGUGGGCCGGACCCAGACUCAGAACACUAAUCCCCGUGUACCACGCACUCUAAACCAUGCGGUUUCCCUUUGUACUUGCUCUGGUUGUUUUCUUUCUCAUACUGCAUUAUGCAUGAGGUCCUUGAAUAUCUACGUCUUUUUUUUUUUUUCCUCGUUUGACCUGAUGUUGUUUACUUGAAUUUCAUGUAUAGAAACUGACCUUGUUACUUGUUUGAGGUACAACAAAGUCACAAUGAAGGUAACAGAUACUGAUCCUGCUACUACAUGUGCAAAUGCUUUCCUUAAAUAACUACAGAGGUAAUAUAUUUUUGUAUUUUUAAAUGUAAACAUGCUCAUAUAUGUAUCCACUAACCAAAAAAAAAAAGAAAGAAAAGAAAAAAAAAAAAGGAGGAAUCAUGCAUAACUUGCACCAUCCUCACACUAAAAUCCAGCAGGCGGCCUCGUGUGGUUCAAGAGCUGAAUGAAGGAGAAGGACUCUUGUUCUGAAGGGAAGUCUGUAAGCACAACAAGGAAGAAGAAACUACCCUGCAUGUCUGAAUAAGAACCAUGUUAUCUAUCUGUUUGUAUAUAUCAUACAAGAUGAAAAAAAAAAAGAACAUUCAAACACUUGUUUUAACCAUCCUCAUAUGACCAUGUCUGAUAAGAAACUGUAUGCAUUCAUUUAUUGUGCUGUU